AUGUCUCUGUUCCGCUCCCCAAACGACAUCUCGUCUUCUACCGAAGAUACAUCAUUCCUAGACGAUGAUGACAAUGACGACGAGAACCAUGACUACACACACCAAGACCACCACCACCGCAGCCACUCCUCCCAUACCCAAGAUGGAGCUCGCUCGUCCUUCGACGACGACAUCUCCGGCUCCUUCGAAGGCGUGCUCGAAAACAAAGACCCGGAGACCAGCAUCGCCGGCUUCGACGCCGAGAGCCACGCCACCAUGAUGACCACCGCGCUACUCGAAUACUACUGUCUCACCCGUGCCACCGAGAUCCUCAACGAGAAAGCCCGCGCCCACCAGCAACAGCAGCCGCAGCAAUGGUACACGCGGGACUCACCCGAGGCGCGCCUCCUGGGCCGCCGGCUGUACGCCCACAAGUCGCAGUUCCUAGCUGCGAACGGGGUGCUGGCGGCGGGCGUGGACGGGGACGACUGGGAGAUGACGAGGAAGUAUUAUCGGGACAGCCUGGACGUGCUGGGCUUAUCGGCGCUGGAGGGACUGGACCUAGGCGGUGUGGGCGGCGCCGGUGCCAAGGGGGUGUGUUCGCCGCCUUCGCCCUCGCCGCAGGCCGUUCUGGGCGCCCAGCAGGGGAAGGAGCAGUUGCCGUUGGGUCUGGAGCCCAGCAAUAAUAUCAAACCGGACGCCGAUGCUCGCAGGCCCGCGUUUCGACGACUGCUGACGGCCGGGAACGAAGUUGGCUUCCACGACCAACUGCCUACGCCAUUGGGCUUUCUGCGGCCGCCAACGCUCCAGUCCGCCAGCUAUUUCCCGCUGAUGACUCUGGCCGGCGCGCCGUAUCAGCCCAGCCCGCUGGCCUCUCGAUACACGACCGAAUUCGAAGAGCUGUCCCUGAUCGGCAGAGGAUCUUACGGGGUGGUAUACAAGGCAAUGCAUUACGUGGACGGGCAAUACUACGCUAUCAAGAAGAUUCCACUAAGCCCUAGACGGAUUAAGCAGCUACAGGACCGCGGGCUACAGGAACUAGACCAUAUCCUCAAGGAGAUCCGCACGCUGGCGCGGCUGGAUCAUGGGAAUGUAGUGAGGUACUAUGGCGCGUGGGCCGAGUACAAUGCCGCGGUGAAGGUGCGGUCGCGAUCGCCAACAGUAGCGGCGAAUCGGCCUCCACUAGCGCUGCUUAAUGAGAAGGCGGCGACGACGACGGAAGAAGAGUCAAGUCAUGGUAUUGUGUUUGAAGAGUCGAGCAAUGGGCUCGUGGUCGAAGAGUCCGACCAUGGCAUUGUCUUCGAGGAAGAUUCAUCAAAGGAUGAAGGUAGUACUACCGGCGACGUACUGUCCAGUUCAAGUUCAGCGAGGCCGCAAGAGAAUAAUACAAGAACUAUCAGAGAGUCGCGAAAGAGCUUUGUGGAGAGCUAUGGCGGUGAGGACGAGGAUGAUGAUGAAGUCGAAUCUAUUGGCCGGCGAUUGAGCCACCUACACCAAAGCCAAGCAACGUCAACCAGCGAGUUGGACGGGGACAUAUUUACCGAUGGGGCAGGAGGAAAUAACUCGGUGCAGCCCGACCCCAAAACCCGGUUUGGCGGCGGCGGCGGCGGCGGCGAUGACGGGCGAGGUCGCGGUCGCAGCGGCACGGUAUCCUCGUCCCCUAUCACGCUGCACAUCCAAAUGUCGCUGCACCCGCUGAGCUUGGCGAAAUACCUCCGGCCACCCCCAAGCGACGAGCUAAACAUGGUGCGGCAGCGCGACUCGCCGCCACAGCACUGCUACCACCUCGUGCCGUCCAUCAAGAUCAUCCUGGGCAUCCUGUCGGGCGUGGAGUACCUGCACUCGCAGGGCAUCGUGCACCGCGACCUGAAGCCGGCCAACGUGUUUCUCUCCCUCUCGACGACGACGACGACGACGCGGGCGCGCGAUGAAACGGGCUGUCCGGCGUGCGAAACGGCCGGUGGCGGUCCUGGCUCUCAUUACACGAUCCCGCGAAUCGGCGACUUUGGCCUGGUGGCGGACACAUCGCCCGGCGCCGAUCCGGCUGCAGCGUCGUCCCCAACCACCACCACUGCCAACCGUCCCGUUGGAACCGAAUUUUAUCGACCGCCCCUGCGGCCGCCGUGCAAUCACCCCGCCGGCGCCUCGUGCGGCUGCUCGAGCGACCGCCCCAGCAAGCUGCAGGUCGACGAGUCGCUGGACGUAUACGCGCUCGGGGUGAUCCUGUUCGAGCUGCUGUACAAGCUGGACACGCGCAUGGAGCGACAGAUGGUGCUGUCGGAUCUCACCUGCUCGCCCAACGGGUUUGGCUGGGCGCAGCGCACGGCCGGGACCACGAGUGAUAUCUCCGCCAAGCAGGCGCGGCUGCCGGCGGAUUUCACGCAGCGGAUCGACGGUGGUGGUGCGGCGACGGUCGACGGCAGGCAGCAGCAGCAGCAGCACGAAGACGAGCAGCAGGGUAUUAUUACGGGAGCAAGCGUGGCGGAGCGGAUCGCAUUCUGUAUCUUGAAGAUGGUGGAGCCCGACCGGCGGCAGCGAUGGACGUGCCGGGAGGUGCGGGAGUGCUUGGAAGGGAUGCUGUCAUUGGUGAGCCGGCGGGCGUGA